CACAAAUGUUAAAACUGUUCAUAAGUAAUAAGUCUACUUAGAGUGCACUUGUCUAUAACUUUGAAAAAAAAGACAAAAUUUUCUUUGUAAUCGAUAAUAAUAAUUGCCUUAUUUAUAUAAGAAUGACAUAUUCCACAUCACUUUACAAAGCUUUUUGUCAUUAUUUACUGUCCCCACAAUCUAGAUUCCGCAUUAACCUAUCAGUACGUUUAGGAGUUUGGAAGGAAACCGGAGUAUCCAGAGGAAAAUCACACAAACAUAGGGAGAACACACAAACUCCAUGUUGAUGUUAUCCUAGUUUGGCUGUAACUUGGUUCUUCUGAAGAUGUUGGCCCUUGAUCCAGUCACAGUUCUUCUGUAUAUACUUACAUGUGUUGUCAUAGCGGCUAUUUUUUAUAAAGAUAAGGAACAUGUACCUAAGAAUUAUCCUCCCGGUCCAAAGCCAUUGCCAAUAAUUGGAAACAUUUUCAACUUGAAUAUGAAAAAGCCUUACUUAUCAUUUCAAGAGUUGUACAAUGCAUUUCCAUCUCUGAUGCACUGGAUUCCAGGAAGUCACAAAACCAUUUUACCAAAUGCUGAUGAAUUACAUUCAUUUAUUAGAGAGGUCUUCAUAAAACGAAGGGAUGAACUGGAUGUCAAUGACCAGAGGAAUCUCAUAGAUUUUUUUUUGGUCAAACAGAAAAAGGAAAAGCCAAAUCCUGACGUAUACUUCCAUGAUGGAAACUUAACCUCUCUAGUUGCGGACUUGUUCGCUGCUGGAAUGGACACGACUUCUGCCACAUUAAGAUGGGGCCUUCUAUUAAUGAUAAAGUAUCCUGAAGUUCAAAAAAAAGUUAAAAAAGAAAUUGGAAUGGUUAUCGGUUCAGCCGAGCCUCAGAUGGUGCACCGCCAACAAAUGCCAUACAUGGAAGCUGUUAUCCAGGAGAUUCAGAGAUUCGCCAAUAUUGUGCCAAAUAAUGUGCCACAUCAGACUAAACAAGAUGUCAUCCUGAAGGGAUUCUUCAUACCAAAAGGAACUCAAAUAAUUCCAUCACUGACAUCUGUCCUACGAGACAACAAGUACUUCAAGAAACCCGAUGAGUUUUACCCUCAACAUUUUCUUGACUCUGAUGGAAACUUUGUUAAAAAUGAGGCCUUUAUACCAUUUUCUGCUGGGAAGAGAAGUUGUGUUGGAGAGAACUUGGCUAAAAUGGAGCUUUUUCUCUUCUUUACAAAGCUGCUACAGAACUUUACAUUCGAGGCUCCUCCUGGGGCCAAGCUGGAUCUCACCGGUACAGUUGGCUUUAUCUCACACCCACAGGAGCAUGAGAUCUGUGCAAUUCCUCGAAAUUAAUGUGCAGCUUGGAAAGUUUUGAUUUCAUCAAAGUUUCCACAUAAUACAUUGGUCCUUUAACUUACAAUAAAAAUGGUUUCCGGGCCCCUAGGUAUGUCCAUAUUCAUGAGCGCUGAUUACCCAUACCUUGAUCAUAAUUCCUAAUGUUUUCCUACUACUUGUUUUAAUAUUACUUACUUUAACUGGACUGUUGCCAAGUGUCAUCCAUUUUUCUCUGGGGAGAAUUCCCCCUUUAUGUUUUGUUUGUAAUUUGUAUUUUGAAAACCUUAAUAAAAACUAGAAAACCAAAAAUGGGUUCCGGGAUCAGCAUUGUAUGUUGGGACCUUAACUUUUUUGGAAAACU